UCCAAUCAAAGCUACCAUAUGUCCUCCAUGAUGACACAUCACAUGCCAUUAGUAAUGUUGUUGUUGCUCCUCGUACAAACCCAGCUGGCGGCCCUAAACUCGCACCACCCUUGGGCUGCCAGUACACUCGCCAAUCACACCGCCAUAAUACAAGUUCGAUGCUUGCCGGACCAGGCAUCGGCGCUACUACACCUGAAACGUUCCUUCACCACCACCGACGUAUCCGCCGCCGCCUUCCGGUCAUGGAGGGCCGGCACGGACUGCUGCCACUGGGAGGGCAUCCGCUGCGGUGCCACCAAUGGUCGUGUCACUUCUCUUGAUUUGGGUGAUCGCGGCUUGGAGAGUGACCACCUCGAUCAUGUGCUCUUCCAGCUGACCUCCCUCAGGUAUCUCAACUUGGGUGGAAAUAACUUCAGUCUUUCUAAAAUCCCAUCCAUCGGGUUUGAGAAGCUCACCAGGCUCACCCAUCUCAACCUCUCCAUCUCCAACUUUGCGGGACAAGUGCCCGUCUAUAGCAUCGGCUGCCUCACAGAUUUGAUCUCCCUUGACCUCUCCUUCUAUUCUGAAAUUACUGAGCUGUUUGACACCGGAUUUAUGUAUGGUGCUGAUUUGACCUACAAUUGGCAGCCCAUACUGCCUAACAUAACAGCUUUAGUUGCAAACCUAACAAGUUUAGAGGAGCUCCAUCUUAGUUGGGUGGACAUGUCCGAUCAAGGUGACAAGUGGUGCGAUGCUCUUGCCAAGUACAUGCCAAAUCUCCGUGUUCUUAGCUUGCCAUUUUGCUUGCUCUCUAGUCCCAUUUGUGGAUCACUUGCUGGUUUGCACUCACUCUCUGUGCUCAACUUGCAGUUCAAUCAUUUGACCGGUUCAAUUCCUGAAUUCCUUGCCAGCCUCUCCUCCUUGAGUGUUCUCCAACUUAGCUAUAAUCGCCUUGAAGGAUGGGUCCCUCCAGUAUUCUUUCAACACAAAAACCUAGUGACGAUUGAUCUUCACCAUAAUCAUAAUAUAUCAGGUAAUCUACCGAAUUUCUCAACUGACAGUAGUCUGGAGAACUUGUUUGUCGGUGACACCAAUUUCUCCGGUACGAUACCGAGUUCAAUUAGUAAUCUCAAACAUUUGAAGAAGCUAGGCCUUAAUGCACCCGGUUUUGCUGGAGAGCUACCCUCAUCAAUUGGUAUGCUCAGAUCCUUGAAUUCAUUGCAAAUCUCUGGGUUGGGGCUAGUAGGAUUGAUAUCAUCAUGGAUCACAAACCUAACGUCCCUCGAGGUUCUAGAAGUUUCUUAUUGUGGCCUCAAUGGACCAAUACCUUCGGACAUUGGUGAUUUGAAUAAACUAAGGAAACUGGCACUGUAUAAGUCCAAUUUUUCAGGAAAAAUACCUCCACGUAUUUUGAACUUAACUCAACUAGAUACCCUCCAACUUCAUUCGAAUAAUCUCAUUGGCACAAUCCAACUUAACUCGUUCUGGAAACUACAAAACCUAUCUGAUUUUAAUCUCUCAAACAACAAACUAAGUGUAAUAGAGGACGAAAAUAAUUCUUCAGUGUCAUCCUUCCCCAACAUUACAUAUCUAGGUUUGGCAUCAUGUAACAUAAAAGAUUUCCCUAAUAUUCUGAGACACUCAAACGGGAUAAAGGAAUUUGGUUUAGUUGAUAUAUCAAAUAACCAAAUUCAUGGGGCCAUACCUCAGUGGGCAUGGGAGAAAUGGACAGGUGCUUAUGGUUUCUUUCUGAACCUAUCACACAAUGAGUUCACUAGCAUUGGGUAUGAAACAUUCCUUCCCUUUUCUAUAAUAUCUUUGGAUCUCAGUUUUAACAUGUUUGAGGGGCCAAUACCUUUACCCCAAUACACUAGUGGCAUACUUGAUUACUCAAGCAACCAUUUCACAUCCAUCCCUCUUAACAUUGCUACUCAACUUGAAGAUACCGUGUCUUUCAAGGCAUCAAGAAACCACCUCUCUGGGAAUAUUCCACCAUCUUUGUGUAGCAAAAGUCUAGAAAUUCUUGAUCUAUCUUACAAUAACCUUAAUGGUUCAAUUCCUUCAUGCCUAAUCGAAGAUGCAAAUGCAUUGCAAGUUCUAAAUCUUAGAGAAAACCAACUUCAUGGACAUUUGCCACAUAAUAUCAAUGAAAGUUGCAUGUUUGAGGCGCUAGACUUCAACAGCAAUCAGAUUGAAGGAAAGUUGCCCAGGUCUCUAGCUUAUUGCAAAUACCUGGAGGUCCUUGAUAUUGGAAAUAAUCAAAUCAGCGACACUUUUCCAUGCUGGAUGACUGCACUUGCCAAACUUCAAGUUCUCAUCUUAACGUCUAACAAGUUAUUUGGACAAGUAUCACCUCCUAUUGCGGAUCAACAGAAAACAUGUCAAUUUCCAAGUCUGCGGAUCCUCGAUUUGGCCUCCAACAACUUAUCAGGGAUAUUGACAGAAGAAUGGUUUAUGAGAUUGAAGUCCAUGAUGGUUGAAGCUGAGAACCAGACGCUAGUGAUGGAGUAUGAGGGUGCAAACAACAACCAAGUAUAUCAGGUUAACACUGAGCUCACAUACAAAGGGUCUGGAGUCACCUUUUCCAAAAUAUUACGAACCCUUGUAUUCAUUGAUAUUUCAAACAAUGCAAUCCAUGGUAGCAUCCCUGAAGCAAUUGGAGAACUUAUUUUGCUACAAGUGCUCAACAUGUCACACAACUCCUUCACAGGGCCGAUUCCAUCUAAGUUCGGCCGUUUGAAGCAGCUAGAGUCAUUGGACCUCUCGUCAAAUGGUAUUUCAGGAGAGAUUCUGCAGGAGAUAGCAUCUCUCGACUUCCUGACAACACUGAACCUGUCUUACAAUAUGCUGGAGGGAAGGAUACCAGAAUCGCCUCAUUUCUCGACAUUCGAUAAUACGUCAUUUAUUGGAAACACUGGGUUAUGUGGGCAACCACUAUCAAAAAAAUGCAGCAAUGAGACGACAACAAAUAUGGCGCUGAAUAAUUCAGAGGAGAAAUCUGUAGAUGUUAUGCUAUUUCUUUUUGUUGGAUUGGGAUUUGGUGUAGGGUUUGCAGUUGCAAUUGUACUGAUAUGGGUGCUCCCACUUAGAAAGAAAUUGUGA